CUUCAUUGUUUCUUUUUCUCUUAUGUGUAUUUGAAGAUAUCUAAAUCAUUAUGAAUAUUACUGAAUUACUUAUACCUCAAUCUAAAGUGGAUAAUAACAGGUCAGACAUGACAGCUAUUCAUGACGAUGAUCUUAUGCCUUUAUGGGAAUCAGUCCUCAAGAAGUCUGGUUUUAAUAUGAGACCUUCCAAUGAACGCAACACACUAACAGAUGCUGUACUAACACCUAUCGUCCAAUCGAAUUUUAUCAAUGAAAUUAUACCAGUACACAUCAAGGUUAUUGGUAGACAUAUGAACGGUUCUUUUCGUUGUCAUAUCGGUACAAGUAAAGCAUCAAGGCCUAUACGCUCUACUGAACUAUGUCGUCAAAUGCGUCUCUUAGCUGUCUUCUUUCGUACAGAGAGCUCUAAGAGCCAAUUGGUCUCCUCGGAAUUCAUCUUCUUCCCAACAUGGCUUCUUCAUUUAUUCAGGUAUACUCAACAUGGUGGUACUCCCGGUAGAACUGAUGUACGUUUUCUGGAGAACGCAAAUAUGGCUAAAGAAGAUCACAUUUAUCGACUCAAUCAUGUCUUGAACACUUUAUUUCGAUUUAACAUUCAUAAUUUUGAUCCUGCAAAAAUGAGAUCCGCUAUUGAACUCUCCAACUUCUUGUUCGAUUCUGCUGGCUUAGAUUAUCUCAAUUUACCAAGACCUUACUUUUCCAAUGAGAUUCAACCUUAUGGACAACAGCAACCUUCCAUGUACUCAACUUUGCUAUUGUUGUUGCAUAGUCCUCGUCCCACCAAAUUUAAACCAAUGUGUUUUAAUUGUAAUACCAAACCUGCCUCCAGACGUCGAUUAUGCGUUGCUUGUUAUCGAUAUCAAUUAAAGCAUGGUGAGCCUAGACCUUUGCGAUUAAUUGUUGCUAACCGACCUGGUCCUCGCAUUCAACAACAGCAACAGCAGCAACAGCAGCAGCAGCAGGAUUCUAAAUCUUGUGCCAAUACUUUACCUAUGGUCUUUUACUCCCCCAAGGAAAAUUCGCUACGUUCUCAAAAGUACUGUGCCAAUUGCAGUGUUCAAGAAACCCACCAAUGGUAUCGUAACUUGUGUGGUCAUGGUCAUUGGUGCGAGACCUGCAAAAGCUACUAUUUGCGUCAUACCAAAGUGAGACCUCCAGAGUUAUUUGUGAAGGCUGCUAAACGUAAGGUGGAUGUACGUAAUCUUGUCAACUGGUCAACCUGGUCUUGGGAUGAUAUUCCACUCGAAACAGUUGAGGCUGCAGCUGCCGCUAUCACCCAAAUGAAUCAUCUACCAAUAUCACCACCACAAGAACAUUCGACCUUGGUCGAUUACUAUUUUGGAAAUACUACCAUGGCCAGUAGUCCAACCACCUCUGUUUCUUCUAUGGCUUCUCCAACAACACCUCCAUUACCCUCCGCUUCUUAUUAUACCAAGACCCACGCUUUAGAUCAACAAAGAAGAACCUCUUAUUCCACUGGUCUCUGGUAAAACAAAACAAAAAAAAACACACACACAAAAAAAUAACAAAGUAAAACCUGUUCCUCUCAAGAAUUCCCUUUCUCCUCUCUGUCCUCUUCUUUCCAUGCUCAAUUUCUCUUUUUAUGAUAUUUAUGUAUUGUUUGUAUGUUAUGAUAUCUAUUCCAAUCC